ACUACUUGAACAUUUGUAUCAUAUGUCAGAUACGUGUUAAUAUGCUGCGUUUGAUUCGAGGUCGCAACUUGUAGUUCCCAACCAGGAAAAGCCAAGAAAUUGCCUCCUUGACCUGGAAUUCCUAUUCGCCAAUAGGAAUUCAUGAUUCAAGCAACUUCAUUAGUCAUGAAGGUCACUGUACGUGAAAUAUCCAUAGCGUCUACACCUGAGACCACAUUCUACCUCAAAUUAGAAUGGACCAAAAACCUUGGAGCUGGUUUUGUUGUUCUGCUUUGUGAUGGUGUGUCUGCCUGGAGUGGUGAAGUUUCAGAGGAGGAUGUCAGCAGGGAGGCCCAGGAGAUGGAGAUGCCGAAAGAGAAAUAUGUUAAUGAUCUGCACCUGAUUUUGACUGGAGAGGGACAGCCAGAUCAGCGCUACAGUUUUAAUUUGACACCCAGGCAUUCUGGAAACUCUACGUUGCAGCUAUCUUACGAGAAAGUUCAGAGCGACAUGUCAUUUAAGUUUGGCAUGGUGGAACUGUUACCUGUGCCAGAGCCCACUAAAGUCAUAAAGGAACUCAUAAGUUAUGGCUUAGAUUGCAGUGCUCGCCUGCAAAUCAAGAUACAAGAUGUGCACAAGGAGAACCAGAGACUAAGAAAUGAGCAGGAAAAUAUAACUACAGAAAUGGAGAGAUAUAUCGAAGAAAAAGAGACGAUGGAGAGAGAGCUGUACAACCGCUUUGUGGUAAUUCUUAAUGGGAAAAAGGCUAAGAUACGCACUUUACAUGAGAUGAUUAAACAGCUGCAGAAUAAUAUAAAAGACAAAAACCACAGAUGUAAGAAAGAUGAAGUCUGUCAUGGAGUAAAUGAGCAUGCAGAUGAGAAAUCUGAAGAGAGUUACUAUGGAUACACCACAGAUGAGGAAGAGGAUGGGAAUACAAAAACUAAUAACCAGAUAUCUAUCAAUCAAGAACUGACAAGCAACCCAAUUGAUGACAGCCUAAAUGACAUUGCGGAUGUGGCACCAAGCCGCAAACGGCGUCAGCGUGCAGUUACACCCUUGGGAUCCCAGACAAAAAGACCAGCGCUUGAGCAGAGACAGCCCUUACGGAAUGAUCUGCUUGAAGAAGCCAAAUCAGAAGUGAGUAAAGUUCCAUUUCAGCAGCCUAUACAAGCCAGUCCAGACCCUGAUGACCUAUUUGAAGACAUCUAAAUGCCUGUCAUGUUUUUGACACAUUUUUCAUUUAACUGUAGUAAAUAUGGUAAUUAAUGUGUGCUUUAAAGAUUGUCUUUACAUUUUUAGCCUAAAUGCUGUACACUCCCUAGACAUUUGUGUUUGUAUUUGUCUACAAAAAAACAAAAUAAAAUUGCUCUUAUUUU